ACCUAGUUAUAGCCGUGCUCUCUUCGGCGCACACACAUCACGUACACACAAACACCACCCCAAUACCUUUCGUUCCGCUCGCCUCACUGCGUCCCCACUACCAUAUAGCCGUAUACGCUCGCUUCCUUCCAUUCCAUCAUCCCUUGGCCAUCUUGAUCCCUCCUCUCCCUCCCUCCCUGGCUCCCUCGCCCUUGAUAAGUGAGCGAGCGCCAAGAACCAGCAGCAGCGGCGCGCCUUCUUCCACGCACGCGCGGCGCCCCCCAUGUCGUCGGGAGAGUUCCACUUCCACGACGAGCUGGCGUCACUGUUCGCGCAGCGGCCGGCGCCGGGGCCGGGGGAGAUGAUGACGCAGCAGCAGCAGGCGCCGCCGGCGUCGUGGUUCGCGGACUACCUGCACGCGGGAGCGCCCGGCGCGGGCGGGAUGGACUACGACCUGCUGUGCCGCGCGCUGGACCUGCCGGUGCCGGGGGACGACGUCGUCAAGAGGGAGAUGCUGGUGGUGGACACGGGCGGGGGAGGCUUCGGCGCGCCCACGCCCACGCCCAGCGGGGGCGGCACGGCGCCGGUCACGCCCAACACCACGUCGUCGAUGUCGUCGUCCUCCAGCGAGGCGGCGGGCGGCGGCGGCGGCGGAGCCGGUGGCUUCGGCGCCGGGGAGGAGGACUCGCUCAAGAAGGAGGAAGGGGAAGGGGAGGAGAGCAAGGAGCUUGGAAAGGGGGAGGACGACGCUGACAAGAGCAAGAAAGGGGCGGCGGCGGGGAAGGCCAAGGGCAAGGGCGAGAAGCGGCAGCGGCAGCCGCGGUUCGCGUUCAUGACCAAGAGCGAGGUCGACCACCUCGAGGACGGCUACCGGUGGCGCAAGUACGGCCAGAAGGCCGUCAAGAACAGCCCAUACCCCAGGAGCUACUACCGGUGCACGACGCAGAAGUGCCCCGUGAAGAAGCGGGUGGAGCGGUCGUUCCAGGACCCGGCGGUGGUGAUUACCACGUACGAGGGCAAGCACACGCACCCCAUCCCGGCCACGCUCCGCGGCAGCACCCACCUCCUCGCCGCGCAGCUGCACCACCACCACCACGCCGGCGCAGGCGGCCACCACCUCGGUGGCGUCUUUCCGCCGCCACCGCUGCCGCAGAUGGGCGCGCCGCCGUUCGGGCGGGCCGGCGUCCUCGACGUGCUGGGCCUCCUGCCGCCCCGCGGCGCCCACCACGGCCACACCGUGCCGCCGGCGAUAGGCCUCGCGUCGUCCCGCGGCAUGAGCGGCCCGAUGAGCACCGUCGCGGGCGCGACCACCGCCAACGCCUCGUCGUCUCCCCCGUCGCUCCAGAUGCAGCACUUCAUGGCGCAGGACUACGGGCUCCUGCAGGACAUGCUGCCGCCGCCACCCUUCGUCCACAGCAACGGCGGCAACAUUCAGCCCUGAAUGAAUUGAUGGUCACCACCGCCACAGGCAAGCUAAUGGAGAAGGAAGCUAGAUAAGAGAUAGUAGUACUUAAUUUGGUUCUUGUUAAUGCUUAACCUCUUUAAUCUCCUCUUUUUUCACCGAUUUAAUCCUCUAGAUAUGAUCGAUGGAUCGGUUCUUGAUUUGUUUUUUUCCUUCCCUCCUGUGCUGCGAGACACAUGGCGCUACAGAGGUUUUCUGGCGCCUGGUCUCGUACCAUUUCUAUGAUCAUCAUCUAGCUAGUCCUUGCUGAUAGUACUAGCGGUUCUUGUACAUGUACCUAAUCAACCAACAGCUCAUGCAUUGCACUCUAGCUAUGCUGCUGCAGUACUGGCCAUGGGCUAUGAUAAUUUUAUGCUAGCUCCUCUUUGCAUUCC